UCCCAGCCUCCCACAGACCGGCUGGGCUGGGCUGGGCUGGGCUGGGCUGGAGAACAACAGUGCUGGAGACACCAGCGCUGCCGGACGCGGGCAGAGGGCCGGCCCAAGGCCCAGGGCGCUGGAGCUGGCCAGAGCCAGACCCAGAGGUCUCACAGCUGCCCUUUCCUGAGCCGGGUCAUGCGCUGCCCCAAGUGCCUUCUCUGCCUGUCAGCACUGCUCACACUCUUGGGCCUCAAAGUGUACAUCGAGUGGACGUCUGAGCCCCGGCUGCGUAAGGCCUACCCGGGACCCCGCAGCACCCCACCAGGCCCCACGCCAGCCAGCCCCGAGCCCACCCUGCCGGCUAACCUCUCGGCCCGUCUGGGCCAGACUGACCCGCUGCCCUCGGCCUACUGGAACCAGCAGCAGUGGCGGUUGGGGACCCUGCCCAGUGGGGACAGCACUGAGGUGGGGGGCUGCCGCGCUUGGGGAGCUGCCGCUGCGGCCGAGAUCCCCGACUUCGCCUCCUACCCCGAGGACCUCCGCCACUUCCUGCUGUCGGCAGCCUGCCGGAGCUUCCCACGGUGGCUGCCCAGGGGUGGCGGUGGCCAGGUGGCCAGCUGCGAGGACCCCGACAUCCCCUACCUGCUGUUGGCCGUCAAGUCGGAACCAGGGCGCUUUGCAGAACGACAGGCCGUGAGGGAGACGUGGGGCAGGCCGGCUCCCGGGGUCCGGCUGCUCUUCCUGCUGGGGUCCCCGGCGGGCGAGGGGAGGCCUGACCUAGGCUCCCUGGUGGCCUGGGAGAGCCGCCGCUACAGCGACCUGCUGCUCUGGGACUUCCUUGACGCCCCCUUCAACCAGACGCUCAAGGACCUCCUGCUGCUGGCCUGGCUGGGCCGCCACUGCCCCAGCGUGAGCUUCAUCCUGCAAGCCCUGGAUGACGCCUUCGUGCGCGUCCCCGCCCUUCUGGACCACCUGCGGGCCCUGCCGCCCAGCACGGCCCGUGGCCUCUACCUGGGUGAGGUCUUCACCCAGGCCAAGCCCCUCCGGAAGCCUGGAGGACCCUUCUACGUGCCUGGGUCCUUCUUUGAAGGCGGCUACCCAGCCUACGCAAGUGGGGGCGGCUACAUCAUUGCGGGCCGCUUGGCACCCUGGCUGCUGCGGGCGGCGGCCCGCGUGGCCCCCUUCCCCUUCGAUGAUGUCUACACCGGCCUGUGCUUCCAAGCCCUGGGCCUGGCCCCCAGGACCCACAAAGGCUUCCUCACGGCCUGGCCGGCAGGCCGCACUGCUGACCCCUGUGCUUUCCGUGACCUGCUGCUGGUGCGGCCCCUCAGCCCCCAGGACAGCGUCCGGCUCUGGAAACAGCUGCGGGACCCUCAGCUCCAGUGCUGAGACUCGGAGGUGGGGCGGGGCGGGGAGGGCAGACCUGGCCUGGGCCUUGGCGCCAGCCCCUUGCUCAGCCUCUCUUUCUAGGCCUCGGUGCGAGGAAGGAGGUCCUGGAAUGGAGGCUGCCUGAGCCCUCCCUGGGCCUCCCCAAGAGGCGACAGACUGUUUCCGUCUUUCAGUUUCUGAGGCCUGGAGUCGUCGUCUCUGUCUACGGGGCCUGGAGUCGUCGUCUCUGUCUAUGGGGCCUUGAGGCAGUUUACGGAGCAAAGCUCAGCUGCACCCUGACCUUCACACCAGACGCUCUCCCCACCCUUACUGGGCAAGGCCGGCUCCGAUGGCCUCUCGGUCACCUUGCUGGACACCAGCUUUGACCCGUUCUAUGGGAGACAAGAGGCCAUCUCUGGAGGACCCCACCCCCAUCCUGUUUGCUGAAGCUGACCUUCCAGCUUGCAAAAGUUUCUGGAGGAAGAAGAUAGCUCAACAGCCUUGGCCUUAUUUAUCUCAACUGGAGAAGCACGGGUGGUCCCAAACCAGUCAUGCUGGCCUCUCCUCCCACAUCCCCAACUCCAGGAAACAGAAACCAGAGGUAGCAUGAAGCCAAAUGCAGAGACAUAGUUUAUUCACUACCUGCUGACCACCUCUCACUCUGAGUAAGUUCCACAGGCUGACCUGCCACGUCCACCCCCAGCCCUGAGGGGCUUCCAGUCCUGGAGGUGCCCUUGCCCAGCCCCUGGGAGGAGACCCUGUAACUAAAGGCGAAGAAGGGGCUGACCAAGGCCCCACCAA